UACCGGACCCCGCACUUCAGAGCGUCUGCCCGAGUACUGGUGCCGCGGGGUUCGGCAAAAGAGACUUGGACCGUAGGCUGGAUUCAAGCGUGCAAUCACAUGGAGUUUCACAACGAGUAUGGAGCAAAUGGCGUGUAAGUAUAAAGUGUAAUUGAAUGUUGUGGUUUCUAUUUACUUCUAAUGUAUAACGGACAUACAGCAACACUCGGUUUGUAUCGCAAUAAUUGAGGACCAACCCUUGCAACGCAAAGAUUGAACAUUCUGAGACCGAGUUGAUCAGUGCUGUUCCCUUGGACAAAACAUUGAAUCUUUCGCUUAAAAAAGAUAUAGUCCGUUGUAAGUGGCUAGUAUUUAGCAUGUAAUCUUCCAUUGCAGAUGAAGGCGUUUCCUGCACAAAUAAAUAAAAUGAUGUCCAAUAAAUGACCACGAGCAAGCCGAUGGGUAGCAUGUCUAACCGCAAAAAUGUUUGAUGUCAGCACACAGUAAAUUACUCUGUGGUUUGCGUCUUGCUUCAUGGUGGCAGCAAAUAAGUACCAGCAGCACAGUGAUUCUUGUCCUCCAUCUGAGUGAUAGUCAAUGCUACAUAAAAGCCAAUGUUUGAUAAAUGAUCUUGGGGAUUUUACUGGGCAGAGUGUAUUUCUGAAGGUGAUUUGACUUCACAUCCAGUUAUUAUAUUUAAUUUGAAUAACCUCAUUUGGGGGGAAGACCAUGCACUCAAACCCAGGGGUGGCCCCACCACCCAGGAAAAUCGAGUGUUCUAAUAGUUUUCGAGCGCCCCUAGUUUGAGUAGAGGACCUGGAGGACCUCUACUCAAACCCUUCCCACAGACACCAUUACCGUAUUUGCUGAGUCUUUAAACCUUGUUGUGUGGCACCAUCCAGCAUCUGGCUUCUCAAUGAAUUUGAUGAAUGAAUGAUAUUCUGUAUUACGCAUUAGGAAGAAUUAUUGCUGGCAAUAGUGUCUGGACAUGUAUUUGUUGCAAAGGGGAGACCAAUAGCCAAAUGUAUUAUUAUUUAUUAUAAUAUUAAUAUGAACAUUAUCCCUGGCCCCCUAGUGGUAUGUGUGCUGGUGCCCACAGUGUUUUGGACUCAUAUACAGUAUCCACAAUUCAGUCAAAUAAAUUAGAGAAAAAUACAGCAUAUUACCUUUUAAAAAAAUGACAUUUCAAUGUGAAAAGUAUAGGUUUUCCUUAGAGACCCUUGUUGAAUUUGACAGCUUUUAGAUAUAUGCAGAAAAGUUUUUCCAGCAGUGGGAAACAUGUUGGAAAUUAUAUAGGACCCAUAAUUUUGCCACUGACUGAUGUGGGUUUGGAGAAAUAAAUGGGAGAACAAGUAUUCAAUUAAUAGAUGCUUUCUGUUUUUAGAUACAUUUUUAAGUACAUUCUUUGUGUACCAUGCUUUCAACUCGAAACAUUUUGACCGAUAACCCCGCCUUUCCCCUGCCCACCUCUUCCUUGUCUCUCCGUUUUUCUGCUUUGUAUGUGAAAAACUGAGAAAGAAAACGUCAAAAACAGCAUAGCAGUUUGCGUGACUCAGAUGGCAUUUGCCACGAUAUACAUAGACCAUGGAGCCUCACAGUUGUUCUUUGACUGUGUCAGUGGAAAUGUGGAUUUCAAACGAAAGUAUUAUCUGUAUGUCAUCGAACAAACAUUUUAAAAUUUUCACUUUUACAAGGGACGCAUGCCAACCUUAUGCUGAUGCUCGCAUGCAUCUUCUUUUAACCCCAAGCACCAUCAAGACUAUGUUCACAUAGUACCUGGGUGUGCAAGAAAGAAGAACUCUCUUGGUGGGACUGGUUCUAGUGUGCUACACAGGAAUACAGCCAGUUAUAUUUUGGUCAGGUAUACAGUAUUUUAGUGCUUGAUACUUUACUGAAGUCUGAAUUAAAGUUCAUAGUAUUCAAGUAACUGGUACUCAUUAUUCUGAUAUUCUGACAUACCUAUGUGCCUCUGCUGGUGAAUGAGCUCAUAGGUGAUAUUGCGUGUGCAUCACGUGACCUGGGAUAAAGCUGCUGUUCCACACACCAGGGGCCUGUUCCACAAAACAGGAUUACUGAGUUAGCCGGAUAAAUGCACCAAGUAAAACCUGGACCCCACCAAAAUCUGGAACAUGGACUGAAGCAAAAAGAGCUGCUCCGGGAUUUACAGUUACUGGUUCUGGCUAGCUCAGUAAUUCUACUUUGUGGAACUGGCACCAGGGACAACACAGCCUUUAUGCCUUAAAUCAUUGAAUAUUGCCUGGUUUGAGCGUCCUUUACCAUCAGUUUUCUGUGUGCAGGUUAGGGAUUGCUGAUGGGACCAUAGCCAGUAAGAUGUUCUUCAGUUUAUUAGAGAAUAAAAUUCUGGAAAAAUAUGAAUGCCGUAGAUAAAGCGUACAUAUAAACACCUCCCAGGCAUUUAAAAAUAAUAAUGUGCAAAACAGAAUAAUGUGCCAACAGCAUUAUAACAACACCAUUCACAGUAUGUAGGAUGAACAGUGUUAUUUAAGUAUUACAGUAUAUUUUAAUAAUACACCGCCAUUUUCUCAGAUUUUGGAUCUGGCCAUUAUUCUAUGAAUUGGAUCAGGGUUAUGCUGAUCAGGUACACUAUAGCACAGGCACUCCUUUGAUGAACUUGCACACUGGCCUGAGUGUAGCAUAAAUCAAGCCAAGUAAUAGUAACUACUGUAGGUGUUGCUUAUGCAUCAGUAAACCAGGUUGACCUAAGCUCGCCCGUCUCCAUUAAGAAGACUGCAGAUGAGAGCUCCCAGUUGUAGGACAUGGCCCAGAUUUAUCUUGCCCCAAUUUGUGCUAAAAGACUCAGCCUUUAUCGACACUUUAAUGUGCCUUCAAUGAGCAAGCAAAUACAUAAUUUAACAAACUGUCGAAAGUUGGUAGUAUUGCCAGGGUUUACCUUUUUUUCAUUGUACUGUAAAACACACACACAAAAGAUAUGUGCCAAUAUUUCACCAAAUGGACACAAGCAAAAAAAAAAAUCGCUUUCAGCUUGCUUACUCAGAAAACAUAUAUCUUUGAACUCAUGAAGCAAUACGUAAUGUGAAAGUAGUUUUUAAUGGUAGAUGCUGUUGGUAGUUUUUUGUGUGUGUGUGUGUGUGUGUGUGUGUGUGGAUUGGUACCAACUUAAAGGAACUUGAAAUAAUGUACAAUCUGAGGGAAUUGUGUGGAAACCGUGACAAAGCCCAGUGAAGUGGACUGGAGGGUAGUGGAGGGAAGUGACACAUCAUCCUGUCAGAUCUGGGUCUCAUGUCCAGUGAUACCUUCGUGCCUCCCGAAAUGUGCACUAUAUUGUACACUUGUAUGAACUAAUCAGCUAAUAUGGACUGGCAUGUUCCUUAUGGAAUAAGAAUAUUUACACUGAAAUUCAGAGGAUUAUGCCUCACUGCUGUUGACAUGAGAUUUUUCUUCUAUAAAUAAAGGAAACAAAGCAGAAAUGGCAAUGAUGUCAUUUAAUAUAACAAUGAAAAAAAAAAAAAAUCAAAACCAAAAGUCGGCCAAACAUAUGGUAAACUCCAUCGUAUUUGGCUCUGUACUACUCCACAGUUUUCAAUUUGUAAUAAAAAAAAAAAUCACACAUGAUUAAAUAAAUGGGGGGCCUACAUGUAUGUCUACACACUGAAAUCAAAAUGUCAAAAAAUACUCUUAAUGAACAUACUUCAAAGACAUCUAAAAUUGUGGACUACAGAGCCAAAUAAAAAAAAAUGGUAUUUGUCCUCACUGUAGGUUCAAACUGAAUGACCCCAUCAUCAUCAAAAUAAUGUGGGCAAUAACCCACUGCUUCUACCAAUACUGCCCCAAAACGCUGAUUGACUCUUUCAGCUUAACGGCUUUCUGAUCUGAAAGAAAACAUCCUUGUUUGAGGAGACAUGGGUGUGCUUGGGGAGAAGGGAGUGGGGCGUAAUGUGCGGACCGCUGUCCAGACAAUGCGUCUGUCUGUGGGGACAGGGAUCCAGAGGCCUGGCCCAGAGGCAUCGGGUGGGCGCAGACAAACGGGCACGGCCCCUGUUUAUGGUCGCAUUUCCAGGGAUUGUUUCCUCUGGAGCCGAAACCAGGACAUCACACCCCUACCCCCUCUUCUUGUUUGCAAGAAGAAGAGAAAAAAUCAUGAUCUUUGGCAUUUGAAUACUUCAUCUCUUCUUGCAUCUACUGAAUCCACUGUUCUAAUGAUGAGACAUUUUUCGCUUGUGACUAUUGUUUGAGGAAAACAUUUCUGCUUCCAGCAGAACACCAGCAGGCCAGGGUACGUGGCUUGGUUUCCCGAACAGCUGAAGUCAAUGUUAUGCCAUUUAUUUAAUCAGCAAAUGGAGCUUUGUUAACACACUGUAUUUCAAAUAUCCUGCACUGUCACGAAGGGGAAAAGCUCAGUGGACCCUGGCAAUACUACCAACUUUCGACAUGCAUGAACAUAGACAUUCAUACAAGUACACAUACAUGCACAUACACACACACUCGCAGUCACACUUACACACCCAUAUGCAUGCAUACCCUUAUGCCCCCAUGCACAGAGUGUAAAUGUAUGUACAUAUAAGUAUAUAAGUAUUUGCAUUGUAUAUCCAAUUUUGUAGAAGGGUUUGUAUUUGACAAAGAGAGAAAUAUUCUAGGAUACUUGAUGCAGAAUAAGUGCAUUUAUAUGCAGUGCUGCCAUUGUGGUGACCUCACAAAAUGUAAGGAAAUGAAUCUUACUCUGGCGAACAUGGUGUUGGAUGGUGCCAUUUCAUGUCAGGGGAAUGGUCCAUUAUUUAACAUAGUGCCACAGUGCAGCCUCCGAUCAUUUUUUGCUUACAGUGAAAUUAUGGAUUGGGUGUCAAAUCUACAAAGUAUGUAUCGCCUCAUGCUUGUGAAGAGGUUAUGCCUGAACCAGAGAGCACUAAUCAACAUGCUUCUCCAAUGAUCUCAAAUUACAAUGAAUGAAAAAUGACAAUAUACACAUAUAUUAUUCCUACAAGUAAAAUCCCACUAUAAUGCGGUAAGUGGAAUCCAAAAAAAUACUAUUAUAUAAAAUUCAGGGGGUCGUGUCAUUGCGAGGUUAAUGAAAAAAGAAUAGCCUGUCUUCCAGUUUCUGUGUGAUAAAAGCAGGGACAUUUUUUUUCACUUAUUGUCACCAGCAUUAUAAGGCCACACUCUUAGGCUACACGUGAGGUAAAUAUGUAUCCUUUAUUCCAGUCUGAAUAAGAAAACCACAAAGCAUGCCCUCUUUAAAGUGUGGUUUGCUUGCUGUGCUCACUUCCAUUUCCCUUCCUCUGCACUCAUUCGGUAAGCUGACGGCGAAUCAGAAAGCCCUCUCUCUCCGACAGCCUCCGCUGCCAAUGCAACAUGCCGAAUCAGCCGAAAAGCUGCUGAUCAGAUCCGACCGGCACCAACAGUGCGGGACACACUGCAGAAAUGACGUCGAGCUGGGAACUGCCUGACCUCAGGGACGGCAAAAUCCAGGCCAUCAGCGACUCGGACGGCGUGAACUACCCAUGGUACGGCAACACCACGGAGACCUGCACCGUGGUGGGGCCCUCCAGGAGGGACACCAAGUUCACGGUGAGCAUGAACGACAACUUCUACCCCAGCGUGACCUGGGGCGUGCCCAUCAGCGACAGCAACCGGCCCUUCCUCACCGCCAUCCGCCGCGACCAGAGCUUCACCACCUGGCUGGUGGCCAUCAACCAGGCCAGCGGCGAGACGCUGGUGCUGCAGACCAUCCGCUGGAGGAUGCGGCUGUGCAUCCACAUCGACCCGGACAAGCCGCUGGGCCAGAGGGCCAGCCUGGCGGAGCCCACGGCCCAGGAGCAGCCCCAGAUCCUGCCCCGGAACGAGCCCAUCCCGGGCAACGCCCUGGUCAAGCCCAACGCCAACGACGCCCAGGUGCUCAUGUGGAGACCGAACGACGGAGAGCCCAUACUGGUCAUCCCGCCCAAAUACUGACCUCUGCUCCCACCUUCCCACCCUCCCCAUCCAGCACCUUACCUCUACCCCCCACCACUCUGCCCCAUCCUUUCAGCACCUUACCUCUAUCCCCGCCACCACCCCCAUCCAUCCAGCAUCUUACCUCUACCAGGGUUGACCAGGUGCUUUUACAGACCUUUUUUUUUUAAGAGAAGCUAUGAAAUACCAGGACUCCUCACACUGGAGGUGUUAAAAGUCACACUGAAAUCAGUAAUUUCAACCAUUCUACCUUUAAACUACAUCGGGCAUCACUGUGCUAAAUGAAGUCAUUGCAAAAACACCCAAAAAAAAUUGUUUUUGCUUUGUUUCGCUUUUUUUUGGAACAUUGCAUCUGUUGGACACAUUACUGGAUCACAUUAUCCUGUACACAUUGAGUAUAUAUUAUGUUUAUUUAUGGGACUGGGGCGCAGAGUGGUUUAUUUUUCAUUAGAAGAUGUUAUGGUCUGGAACAUUUUUUACUCAGUACUUGGAAACCUAAAAUAAUGAAAAAAUGGGAAUAUGCAAUACUUUGCCCAUGCGGCCUUAGAUUUACAUAGCUUUUUAUUGACGUUAUUUAUUGAGAUUUUUGCCUUAAAUAUUGUGUAGCUCUGUACCCCUCUCUUACUGACCUGGAAGGGGUAGCUGUUUUGAUAGAGGUGAAGGGGCAAAGAUGAUUAAGGAGGAUGCAUGCAUGACAAGGACACCAAUGUAAUGAAACACAAUUAUAUGAUUUCCAACUUGUCCUUAGCUUACGCUCACUUACUACUGCAAUCGGGAUGUACAGUUUUUUGGAGGUGACGUUGAAAUACAGCAAUUUUACCAAAUUAAUUACUUAUUUCAGUUCAGUUUAUUUUCUGAGUCAUAAUAAACCAAUAACCUCAAUGGAAUUUUAACAGUAGGUUGACUGCCAUAUGUGCAUCAAAUAAGCAACAAUAGGCUAAAUUUUAAACUUGUAAAAUCAGAAACAAAUCCUUACCGUUAGGUUGGCGAAGCAGCAAGGUUUCGCACUCUUGCGUUGUGGAUGAACACCAAAGGCAAACGAAAGUCAAAGUCGUAGCCGUAGCCAUCAAUGUGAAGCAAUCUUUACUGGAUUUCAAAUGAUUUGCCUCUUUUCGCUUCCAUCCAACAGCGGAAUUUGUCCUGGUUCUUUUGGUGUCAAAAGCGGUACUUUCCUUGUAGGUUACUUUUUAGCAACCUACAACCUCACUCCCUUGUCUAAUUUUGAUAUAAUGUCUUUCGUUUGUGUUUCUUGUUUGCGUUUUAAAGACAUUUUGAAUUAAUGUUAUAAUUCCGAUUCAAUACCCUGUUCGGUUGACCGGACCUUUCGGCUUUGUGAGUUUCGGAUUUAUGACCCUGUCAGAAAUACAGGGCAACCUCACCCUAAUGUGAGCUUCUUGUCGAUCAAUCCACUGUUGGAAGCCUCAAAUAUUUGUCUGGGUAUGUAUUUUCUGGACUCUGCUCCUCCGUAUUACCUUCAGUUCCUUAGACUCUUUUCAGUUAUGUUAUAUGUGGAUUGGACUUUAGUAGGCGGUUGGCAUGGGAUGAGAGGGUUUUUUCAAUAAACAAGCUUUUUAUAAUUGGAAUAAUAAAUGUUACCUUGAUCUUUCCUUAGCAUUCUUUUAUGACUUGUGUUGCAGGCCAGAAGAGUGUGAUGCAAGAUGCUGGUGUAUGCUGUCAAAGAUUGUAUCAUUAAACAGACUGACCAUUUCAGGAGGCAGACAGAUAAUACUAAAUAAACUUGGGGAAAGCUUUGAUGUUACCUAGCUUGCUAGGUACCUAAACCUGCUACAUGCUAUCUAAACACUAGCAUGACCAGCAAGCUAUUUAUCAAUUUCUAAAUGUUAUGUACUCGUCAGAAAGCUGCCCUUCUUGGUUUGGGGGUGUGAGAUGGGGAAUAUGUCUGCCCUGGUGUUGCAAAAAGUUUAUCUGGGAUAUGUUGUUAUAUUUUUUACGUUAUGUUCUUGGACAGACGGAUUUACCAUCAAAAAUAGAUCUUAGGGUGAUGUUUAAUGUUCUUUACCCAUUACUUAAAAUGCACCUCCUACAGAUUGUACAGUCCCGCUCCUCCUGCUGAUUCUACACAGUCAUGCACCUCCUACAGACUGCACAGCCAUGCCCUUCCUGCAAUGCUGAGGAGCAGUAAAUACUAUUCUCUGCACAAUGAUACUCUUCCAGCAGAAUGUGCUUUUUGGGGUGGUGGGGAAUUAGCUGAAUAGCUCUCCCACCCCCUCCACACACACACACACAUACAUGCAUGUCAACACGCAUGCGCACACUUUUAUAACUCUCUAGUUCUUCACCAUCACAUCAACAGCUUUUAAGCGCAACAGCAGUACCAGCACCCAAUCAAUACAAUUAUUAAUAAGCAGUGAUGAAAGGCUGUGGUGUAGCGAGAUGGAGGGGGGGUUUAAUAAGUCUGCAGAAGAACGGCACUCCCCAGGGGGCAUUCCCGCGUCUGCGUUUCUGCUAACGAGCGCUAAGGUUCCAGGCGUUCUGCUGACUGCAGCUCUGCAAACCGCUAGCAGGCUCAGCAGCAACGCUGCAAAACAGAGACACAAACGUACAUGCGCAUACAGACGGAUGUGUGGGUAUGUGAAUAUGUGUGUGUACAUUACCGAUAAGCUACAUGACCUUUGACCUUGACCUUUGACAGACAAAUACUGAUGUACACCCCCACUCAUUUUCAACACCUGUGCAGACGCUCUCUCUCUCUCCCUCUCGCUCUGAACCGAACUCAGGGCUGACUUCGCCACCCGGGCACAAGGCAAACUCAAGUAUCCAUUAGCAGCGUUCUCUGUGGAAUCCAUCAUUUAUUAUUUCCUUAUUGCAGAAAUAUUAUUUAAGGGUAAAGCCUGCUCGGCCAUUGAUCCGUUUUGUUAUGCGAGCCAUUUCCUCGGACACGGUUACCUCGAUGUGGUAAUGGUGUCUGACUGGUACGCCUGCGGAUCUCAAUGUCUCUGCUGCCUCUGCAGUUCCCCUUGCUGUGGUGUGUUCUAUAUUUAAACCCCACCCCAUGGUGCGCGCUGCUCUUUUGCAGAGUUGUUGUCCAGAGCACUGGCCUGUAGUGAACCAUUGGCCUGUGCAAGAGCUUGUGUCUGGACAACAACCUGCCUCACAUUUCUGAGAGAGCAGCCAGCCCCCAACACAACACGGCUCAAAGAACACAGCCCCCAACACAACACGGCACAGAGAACACAGCCCCCAACACAACACGGCACAGAGAACACAGUGCCUGACACAACACGGCACAGAGAACACAGCCCACAACGCGGCACAGAGAACACAGUGCCUGACACGACACGGCACAGAGAACACAGCCCCCAACACAACACGGCACAGAGAACACAGCCUCCAACACAACUCAGCACAGAGAACACAGUGCCUGACACAACACAGCACAGAGAACACAGUGCCUGACACAACACAACACAACACGGCACAGAGAACACAGUGCCUGACACAACACAACACAGCACAGAGAACACAGUGCCUGACACAACACAACACGGCACAGAGAACACAGUGCCUGACACAACACAGCACAGAGAACACAGUGCCUGACACAACACAACACGGCACAGAGGACACAGCCUCCAACACAACACGGCACAGAGAACACAGUGCCUGACACAACACAGCACAGAGAACACAGUGCCUGACACAACACAACACAACACGGCACAGAGGACACAGCCUCCAACACAACACGGCACAGAGGACACAGCCUCCAACACAACACGGCACAGAGGACACAGCCUCCAACACAACACGGCACAGAGGACACAGCCUCCAACACAACACGGCACAUGAGACAGUGUCCAUGCAUACAGCUUCAACCUACCUUUUAGUGUGAUUUACAAAAUGUGGAUAUUGUAAGCCAUGCCUAUUUAUUUAUUUAUUUGUUGUUUUUGUUCUUAUUGUUUUUAAUUUAUGGGAAGCUAACUUCUACUUAUCAAAUCCUGCAGUAUUAAUAUUUACCUUUUUUCAUCGACAUUGAAACUUGAAAAUGUAGCUUCACUGGCAAUCAUUUUAACUUGUGAAAAUCCACAAAAAUACCAGAAAAUGAAAAAAAGAUUUUUUUUAUUGAAUAAACAGGUGAAAAAAAUUAUACGUGGGAGUUUGUCAGCAUAAGCACUAAAAAUGUUUUUUGUGUGUUUUGCACUAAGCUUAUUACUAAACAGAAGAAAUCAUGGUUGAUGGCAGAAUUUGAAGGGUAUAUAUACAUCCACAUACAUACGGCCAACCGGGAUUCAAACCCAGGACCUCCUUGCUGUGAGGCAGCAGUGCUACCCACUGUACCAUCCAUGUCACCCAGAGUAUCCUUACUCACCUAUUAAAGUGAGUACGUAUAGUAAGCUCUGUGUGUAUACCAUGAAGCAUUCAUGGUAUACAAAUAGAGCAUCUUAUAAUUAGGGCCACCAGUUUGACUCCACCAUGUGACCUGCAUGGAUUUAAACUUCAAUGUUCAUCCUCCCAGGGUACCCAUUGGCACUCCAACAGCACAGUGAAGUGACUAAUUAUGCAAUUGAUAUUCUGAGACAUUUAUGAAAACAAUAGUUGAUCUAAUAUGGGGGGAAUCAGGAAGGCAAGUGAACCUGGAUGGAAGUAUGGUAUGAAAAGCACGUCUUUGCACCAGUGGUCCUCAAUCCUGGUCCUGGAGAGCUGCAGAGUCUGCAGGCUGCACUUCAGUUGCACUGCAAUUGAUCGAUUAAAGCAGCUGAUUACACAGUUAAUUCAGGUCACCUGACCUGGUUCGUUUACUAGUGCCUUUUCUACGAGCCCAGCUGUCAGCCUGGUGGCGUCUCUCUGCAUCAGCCUG